AUGCAUGCAGCCAUCAGGUGUGCAUUCUUCGCUCUCAAUGACGUCAUGGCGUCCACGGAUGAAAAGGGAGGGGUCCAGACUUGGCAGGGAAGCUUGAGGGACACCCCCCGCGUGCUCGAAGAAAUGUCAUCGGCCGUGCGCAAGGCGGGAAGUGCAGCCCUCGCGCUUCAACGGACAGAACUGUCGCGAACGGAGAAGGCUGGCCAUCACGACAUUGUCACGGAAGGCGACCUCGUCAGCCAGAGAAUCGCGAUGGGGAGUCUCGCAAAAAUGCUGCCCGGUCUUCCGUUUGCGGCGGAAGAGUCUGACGAGCAAGCCGUGAUUCCUGGUAUUCCUCAGGCUCGAAUCAACCCCCAGGGUUUGGUGGAGGCAGAGGCGUACCUCGCUCUGGAUCCGAUUGAUGGCACAACGAACUUUGCCUGUGGAGGACCGGACUGGGGGGUAGCGGCAGCGGUGGUUCAACGAGACACCGGCCCAACGCACGGAGUUAUUUACCUCCCGGGAAAAGACCUCGUGGUCGAGGCCGCGAGGGGGCACGGCUGCAGGGUGAACGGGGAGCUUAUUCAGCUAAAAAAAGGCCAGGUAUUGAAAGAGUGCCUGGUAGCGGCGGAGAUCGGUAAGUUUGUGCCGGACGACCGGCUGCAGCGGCUUCUGGGGCUGGUGCACCACUCCAUGGGUGUCCGUAACCUCUUCUCUAGCACCGGAAACACGGCGGACGUCUUGUCCGGCGUCCACGGCGCGUGGGUCCACCUCAAAGGGGGCUCCGUGUGGGACUUUGCGGCCGGCUCCCUCGCUGUUGAAGAGGCUGGCGGAUUCGCUUGUGACCUACAAGGGAAGCCGUUGAAAUGGGAUAAGCUUCACAUGGAGGUUGUACUUGCCGCAAACGAGGAGAUAGCGAAGGACGUUGUCAACGUUCUGAACAUCAAGGCUUGAGGAAAGCCACCGAGAAUCCACAGCGGCCCGCCAAGCAAGGUUGUUUCGCUCGCAGGGGUGGAUAUUUCUUCCUCUGAUAUACCUCGACAGAGAAAAGAUACUUGUCACACACGCAGUCUGUUGCGCGGCGUUGCGGCUCUU